CUGGCGGAGGUGAUCAAGGCCUUCGGGGUGCCCGAGAACGCGCAGCGCAUGGAGGAGGCUCGAGAUAACGCAUGCAACGACAUGGGCAAGAUGCUGCAGUUCCUCCUGCCCGUGGCCACCCAGAUCCAGCAAGACGUGAUCAAAGCCUACGGCUUCAGCAACGACGGCGAAGGGGGGGUCCUGAAGUUCGCCCGGCUGAUCAAGUCCUACGAGUCGCAGGACCCGGAGAUCGCCAGCAUGUCGGGCAAGCUGAAGGCCAUGUUCCUGCCGCCCAUGACACUGCCGCCGCGGUACCGGCGGGGUGGCAACCUCCUGAGACCAUGGACCUCUCCAGCUCCGCCGGGUCGUGGUGCUCUGGCUGGUGCCUUCCUUCCAAGUUACAAACCAGGCAGGAAUGUAGCCAGUGAGGGCGUGCGCUUCAUGGAUAGGAGGCAGGAAGAGCAGUCAAUCCCUUCCGUCUCCAUCUACCUCUCCCAGCUUGGCCUUGGCCUUCCCCCACCCCUCUAA